AUGGCAUUUCAGCCUACCCCGAUGGAUAUCUCCGUCAUCAUCACCAAUGCGGCUUUAGCCAAGCCCGGGAACUCAGAGCCCCGAUUCUUGACUGAACGUCGCAUCACUCCCACCUGGACGGUGAUGCAGGUUAAGGCAAAGCUAGAGACUAUGACAGGCAUCCCACCAGGCAGUCAGCGCCUGCGGGUGAAGGUGCCCGGUCGACCUGACCAAUGGGCUGAUGAAGACGAUCGCCUUAUUGGGGAUUGGGGAUUGGUGAAGGGGUCAGAAAUCGAGGUCAAUGACAGCCGUCCGCAAACCAUGCGGGCUAAUUUUACCGACCUUUCAUCAGUCGAGAAAUAUGUGCUGCCAACUGAAACAUACGAGGCCCGGUCGGAUUCUGUAUUGGCCUGGAAAAAGAACCAGAAAUUGGGGCGUUUUGAUCCUAAGGCCCCAUCGCCCGAAGAGGCUCUGCGCCACCAAGUUGAGAAAGAUCAAGCGGAGGUUCAAACGAGAGGAAUCGCUGUUGCUAAACGGGCUAUUAUUCUGCCUUCGUCUCCACCGCAUAUUCGACGCGGAACCAUUCGUUUCGUUGGACCUGUUCCGACUAUCCCGAUCACCGGUCCAGGUCGCGAGCUGCAGCAGAAUGCCGAACUUUCGGCAGAUCUCCAGCCAAUUUGGAUCGGGAUCGAACUUGAUGAGCCGAUGGGGAAGAAUGAUGGUAGUGUAGGUGGAAAACGCUACUUCGAGUGCCUCAGUAACAUGGGCGUCUUUGUGAAACCCGAAAAAGUCGAGAUUGGGGAGUUUCCCCCGUUGGGUCUAGAUGACGACCUGGAUGAUCUAAUGGAGGAGAUUUGA